AACAGAGACAGGCAGGCGCCCUCCCGCCACCCCUGGGCCCUGCACCCGCACAGCGGACCACUCGCCUUGUAGGUGAGACUGAGACCUCCAAUUGCUGUCGCGUUGCUGUAUCAAUUCUGCAUCGUCAGGAAGGCGUGUCUUACUCCCGGCUUCUGCAUAGCCUCCAUUGGGGUCAGUUAGUCGUCUAUGUCAUCACCACCUUGCUUGGUGUUUCCCGUCACCACGGCCACGACGACAAAUUUCAAGAGUUCCGCAACGCAACAAAUGAGGGCUGGACUUCUAUUGAUUUAUACCAACAUCUUUCCUGACCUGUUCCUCUCGUUUUGUCACUCUCCAUUGCUUCUUUCUCACACAUAUCCCGCCCUCUCCUCAAUGCUUCGGCUGUGGAGAUCCCUCUCAGGUGGCGGCUCGUUCCAUCCCAGCUACUACUAUUCGUUGCCAAGAUUGCCUAUCUCCGAUGAACAGAACGGCGACGCCAGAACAUCCAUAGCCGUAGCUUCGGUCCUAUCGCGGAUGGCAGAGCAUCGAGCCCUGUUACACGCUACCAUACUGAUUAGUAGCAUCCACGAUGAUAUCUUUCAACCUCCCCCGCCGAAGUGCCUUGUUUUGACCACCCUCGUCCGCCACGUCGACUGGCCGCGACGAUGCUGCCAGCAAGACGACGCCAGGUAUUGGAUACGUCUGUAAUUGACAAUCGGGCUGGAGUUUUCCGUCUAGAGCACCACUGCUAGGAUGGCUCUAGGUGGUCGUGUCGUGCUUCUUGAUAGGCUAGGCCAUGUGAGC